GGCCUAGCCCCCCAACCCCCGUCCCCCCAGGUGUGGGUCUACGCCCGGCUCUACCGCACGGUGCCCCGGUUCCGACGCCCCGAACUGCUGGAGGCCGCCCGGGCCGGUGGGGAGUUCCUGCUGCGCUGCGCCCGUGUGGGGCCGGGGUCCCCCAAAGCCGCCUUCGCGCUGAGCCGGGACGGGCGCCCCACCAAAGUCCAGCGCAGCAUCUUCAGCGAGUGCUUCUGCGCCCUGGGGCUGGACGAGCUGGGGCGCGCCACGGGGGAGCCCCGCUACCAGCGGGAGGCGCGGGUGCUGCUGGAGGCUGUCGUGCGCUGGGUGCAGGACGACCCGACGGAGCUGGGACGCCCCCUGCUGGCCGGCGCGACGCCCCACGAGCCGCUGGCCGUGCCCAUGAUGCUGCUGUGUCUGGCUGAACAGCUGGGGGACGGCGCCGGGGGGCCCCUGGCCGAGCUGGAGGGGUGGUGCGCCCAGCACCUCCUCCGCCACCUGCAGGUAUGGGGGGGGCUGAGCCCCCCGACUUUCCCCAAGCCCCCCACACACCACCAAACCCCAGCACCUCCUUCGCCACCCCCACACACCCCCAAACCCUGGCACCUGCAG